AUGGCAAACAUCAAAUCCCUGCCCUUCGAACUACGGAACAUGAUCUACGACCACGCCCUCAGCGACGACCACAACAUCAUCACCAACGGCGUCCCAGCCCUCCUAAAAGUCUGCCCCGAGAUCACUCGAGAAAUAUACUCCUACCGCAAAAUCAUCUCCACAAUCCACAUCACCAACGAAUCCAACUGGUCCAAAGAGUCAGACNNUCACCAAGACACCGAUGCCNNUCGACGUAAUGACAAAGUUCAACCAAAAGGACUUGUCGUUGUGGUCAAGCCCAUGACACGACCCAUUGGCAAAAGAUUCAUCAGUGACUCGUCGACGUCUGAUGUCGGUGGAAGAUUGGCCUCUCUGCAGAGAAGGCAAGACAUCAUUCAGAGACUCGAAAAUAACCAUUUGGCCAUCAGAGCAGACGUCUACUUGAUGGAAUUGGAGAUGGCCCCUCGUGUGGCUUGCUUGACCACACUGACAGCACCGAUUAAAAUCGAAAUCGCAUCGGGACAGAAAGCAGAUUGA